UUUUUUUUUUUUUUUCCCUUGCUGCUGCUGGAGGGGGCCAGGGUUUGCUUCUGGGCAUCUCUAUUCUGCUGCCCUUCUUCCAAUUCUUCGUAAUUUCCCUUUCUUUCUUCUGCAAUUCUCGGCGUUUUGAUUCAUCGCGUUUUGGCGUCUAAUUUUUACCUGUGUUUUGCAUUUUGAUUUAAUCGAUUUCAAGAUUUGGAUUGUCAUAUGACGAUGCGAAAUAAGAGGUUUAUGGUGUUGUUUGAGGCAAUUUUCAAUUGUUUGUUACUAUUUUGAAUUGAUUGGCUUGAGAGGAAGAACAUAGGUUUGGUUAUCGAUCAAAGCGUGUUGUUCAUUUGGUUGAGUAGGGGAUGGAUGCGUAUGAGGAAAUGACUGUGAAAUUUAAGACCUCUGCUGAAUCAAUGGAGUGCCAUCAAAGGUACUUCUCGAAGGAUGGGAAGGGGAAAAAACUUUGGAAGAAGGUCAAGUAUCAGUUGGUUGAGUACCAUGCUUUACCAGCCUACUUGAGGGAUAACGAAUUCAUUCUUGGUCAUUACCGCGCUGAUUGGCCAUUGAAGCAGACACUGCUCAGCAUCUUCUCCAUACACAAUGAGACUCUUAAUGUUUGGACGCAUUUGAUUGGAUUUUUCCUCUUUCUCUCCUUGACCAUAUAUACUGCAACAAAGAUUCCUGACGUUGUUGACAUUCAUCCUCUUCAACAUUUGCCUGAGGUGUUGAAAAAUGCUGAUCUCCACAAAUUGCAAGCAGAACUCUUGACGUGCCUUCCUUCCUUGCCUCAUCUACCUGAUCUGCAGUUAUUAAGGGAGGAGUUAAAGACUGCAUUGCCUUCCAUGGAUAUGCUUUCAUCACUGUGUAGCUGGCGUGUUGUGGAGCUUCUAUACAAUUGUUUACCGGAGCGAUUCUCCCUCGGAAAUCAAACGAAUGACUAUGUUCUGAGUAGCAUGAAGGAGGAAGUUGCCAACAUGAUUGCACCAGUAGCUAUGAGACCAAUUACUCGGUGGCCUUUCUUUGCAUUCUUGGGUGGAGCCAUGUUUUGCCUGCUUGCUAGCAGCUCAUGCCACCUUCUUUCCUGCCACUCCGAGCGUCUCUCAUACAUAAUGCUAAGGCUGGACUAUGCCGGAAUUGCAGCCCUUAUAUCUACCUCCUUCUACCCUCCCGUUUACUACACCUUCAUGUGCUAUCCCUUCUUUUGCAGUCUCUAUAUGGGGUUCAUUACCCUCGUGGGAAUUGCAACCAUCUUAGUAUCUUUGCUGCCAAUGUUUCAAUCCCCCGAGUAUCGCACUUUUCGGGCAUCCCUUUUCCUUGGCAUGGGGUUGUGCGGGAUCGCCCCUAUUCUGCACAAACUUAUCCUGUUCUGGGGCUUGCCCGAAGCACUCCACACAACAGGGUAUGAGAUACUGAUGGGCAUAUUUUAUGGGGUUGGAGCACUCGUUUAUGCAGCAAGGAUUCCGGAGCGAUGGAUGCCUGGAAAAUUCGACAUUGCUGGCCACAGCCACCAACUAUUCCACGUCUUAGUAGUCGCUGGGGCAUAUACUCAUUAUCGUGCAGGACUGAUUUACCUCAAAUGGCGUGACCUGCAAGGUUGUUAGAAUAGAAUUUCAACAAAGAUUUAGCCUGUUGAAAUGUAGUUGAUUAUUUUCAAAAUGUAUCCCCAUGUAAUAUUUAGCCGGACUAGGAUACUGCCACCACUGUAAGGUCAGAGCUAGCUUGAGAAAAUAUGAGAAUCCUCACGCUCGGCCUAUCAUGAAAUCAUAAAAUACAUAUUUGAUGCAGUCGAGGCUUACGUA